AUGUCAUCCUGGUCUGGUUGCGUGUCUGUGUAAAAGUGAUAUUUAACAAUGAUUUGAAUCAUGAUUUUUGUUCGGAUGUUUGGGGGAAGAGGAGACAAUGAUGCAACUGAUUGUAGGGUCUGUGUAGUCAAGAAUAUGGAAGAAACUUUAUCUAUUUCUUUUCCCCCAAUUUUAUCUGUUCCUAGGAUUCAUCUAGCUUUUUCGCCUCCAGUUUCAAUAUCUGUUGUAGCUCAGAUUUUUGUUUUCUUGAUUUUGAUUUAGUUGUGAAAUUUGAUGGAUAGUAUUUAUGAUUUUGGAGUUGGUGCUGUAUUUACUCUUGGGAAUGAAAUUAGAAAAAGUGAAAUGAAGGCUGCAGUAGUUUUUAUUAGUUCACAUUCUUAUUUUUAAUUGGUUUGAUUUUGAUUAGCCUGUUCUGAAUCUUCUGAUCAGUAAUUUGUUUAUCUGACCCUUUUUGUCUGUGAUGAGGAGAAAUUAUUCUCUUUUUCUUUUUACUCAUGAAUUGAUCCGGACUCUUGUUAGUUUUUAAGAGUUGUAUUCAUUUUCAUGUGCUUUAUGCUUCCGUACGCUUGCCUUCAGUUCUUUAUAUGGCUUGAAAGAAGAUCUUUAAAAGAGCAAAAGAUGCUUCCCUUCUACAAUGAGUACGAGAUUAGUCAACAUGUACUAAAGUUAUGAUUUUGUUGGACAGAGAAAUGAUGAAGCAAGAUGGUAUUCAGCUUUUACGGCUGACCAUUACAGUCCCACUACAAUUUCUAACUCAUCUAACAGUUGGAGAGAUCCGUUUAUGGGCAUUCGCCAUAAAUCAACUGCAUCUGCACCAAAUUCCUCCUUUAUUUCAUCUGAACGAUAUGAUCAUCAUGCUGAGGAGAAAAUAGAUCCUUUUUCACUUGUUGCUGACGAAUUAUCAAUUCUUGCUAAUAGACUCAGGUCUAUGGUAGUUGCGGAGGUCCCGAAGCUUGCCUCUGCUGCUGAAUAUUUUUUCAAGAUUGGGGCAGAAGGAAAACGAUUUCGGCCUACGGUACUCUUACUGAUGGCUACAGCUAUAGACGCACCAAUAUCAAGACCACUGCCUGAUACAGCCGUUGAUGCUUUAUCCAUGGAUUUACGGACAAGGCAGCAGUGUAUAGCUGAGAUAACCGAGAUGAUCCAUGUUGCCAGCCUUCUACAUGACGAUGUGCUAGAUGAUGCUGAUACCAGAAGAGGUGUUGGAUCGCUAAAUUUUGUAAUGGGAAACAAGUUGGCAGUGUUGGCCGGUGAUUUCUUACUGUCAAGAGCCUGUGUGGCACUGGCCUCUUUGAAAAACACAGAGGUGGUUUCUCUCUUGGCAAGAGUUGUGGAACAUCUUGUUACUGGUGAAACAAUGCAAAUGACAACGGCAUCUGAUCAAAGGUGUAGCAUGGAGUACUACAUGCAAAAGACAUAUUACAAAACAGCAUCACUGAUUUCCAACAGCUGCAAGGCAAUUGCCCUUCUUGCUGGACAAAGUACAGAAGUUGCAAUGUUGGCAUAUGAUUAUGGAAAAAAUCUGGGUUUGGCGUUCCAAUUAAUUGAUGAUGUUCUAGAUUUUACCGGCACAUCAGCUUCUCUUGGCAAAGGCUCUUUAUCUGACAUCCGCCAUGGAGUUGUUACUGCUCCAAUAUUGUUUGCGAUGGAAGAGUUCCCUGAGCUUCGUGCUGUUGUUGAUAGAGGAUUUGACAAUCCAUCAAAUGUGGAUAUUGCUCUAGAGUAUCUGGAAAAGAGCCGGGGAAUACAAAGGACGAAGGAGUUAGCCGAGAAGCAUGCGAAUCUUGCCUCGGCUGCUAUUGAUUCUCUGCCAGAAACAGAUGAUGAAAAUGUUCUAAGAUCAAGACGAGCUCUGGUAGAUUUAGCCGAAAGAGUGAUUACACGAACCAAGUGAAGGGGAAAAGAAAGAGAGAAGAAUCAACGUCUAAUUUCGGGGGGGUUUGUACACGAAUUUUGUUUUCUUCCUGCCAAUAUUCGUUGUAGCCAUUAGGAUAAUGACCCCAAGUUCAAUUAAUUUGUAUUCCUGGAAUUUACCAGUUGCUUUCUCCAAUAAUUACCCAAAACGGAGAUCCUUAUUUUCUUGUUAUCCAACAAUCUGUAUCAGUAAAUAUGUAGGUCAUAAACACUAGCAUACCAAGGGAACUCAUUCUUUACAAUGGAAGCUCACUGCAAAAAGUUGGUCAAAUGGUUGUUGAUUUGUAGUUAAACUGUAACAUUUAUCAGUAUCUUUAGGGUUAUGGGCCCCUAAAAGUAGAUUUCCUGGAUUCUAUAGGCGUACAUCACUAUUAUUAUUAAUUUAAGCAAUGCCGUUAAUGUUUUGUUUAUAUUGUAUGAUACACAAUAUAUACAAAUUGUAAGAGUGUUCAC